GGCCCCGCCCCAGCGCCCGCCCCGCCCCGCCCCGGCGGCCCGGCGCUUCCCGGCCUCGGCCCCCUUCCCCGUUCCCUCCGCAGCGCCAUGUGGGUCUGUGCUCGCCCCGCGCUGCUCCUGCUGCUCGUGGGGGUCCUGCGCCAUGGCGGAGCCUCAGGUCUUCUUGAGCUCUCCCUGGGAAAAUUCAGAAAUGUGCUACUUAACCAGACCAGUCCAGUGGAGGCUGUAAUCAGGAACAUCGCCAGCAAUGUGACUGUGGUUAUUUUUCAAGUGCAUGCUCAGCAGAGUGAUGUGGUGAUAUCCUUUGAUAAGACUCCGUCGGUGAACAGCUCAGGAAUUGGGGUGGACAGAGGGCUGGUGUCCAUCCUUCGGCCUGAGCAGACCGUGUGUACGUGGUACGUGCGAGCCCUGGAUGCCGGCCAGGUGCUCAGCACUGCUAUCUCCAUUCCCUACAUGGAGAAAGAUCCUAUUCCUGGGGGCUGCAAUCUAGAAUUUGACUUGGAAGUGGAUCCAAAUAUUUACCUGGACUACACAUUAGUUGAUAUACACAUCAAGUUUGCCCCUGCAAACUUGGGAUAUACCAGAGGUGCAAGCCCCCCCUCCUGUGAUUCAGGGACUGGUCAGAGCUCACGGUGGCGGCUGCGCUAUGAUGUGUACCAGUACUUCCUGCCCGAGAACGACCUGUCUGAGAUGGUGCUCAUGAGCCACAUACGGAAAAUGUCUGGGGUGCAGAGCAUCAGAGCCAAUGGCGUGAAGAUGCUUACACUGACAGCUGAUGACAAGACCAGUGUCUACUUCUCGUCACUUCCUGGACAAGGCGUGAUCUACAAUGUCAUCGUGUGGGAUCCUCUUUGGAACAGUUCUGCUGCAUACAUACCUGUGCAUACCUAUGCCUGCAGCUUUGCUGACCUGGUAGAUAACUGCUCUUCCCUCAGUAAACUCUCUACCAAAGUAUUCUUCACUGCUUUUGCUGUUCUUGGUCUUUUCACCUGCUUUUUUGGACACAGAUUCUGGAAAACAGAUUUAUUCUUCAUGGGCUUCAUUGUCGCAGCAUUCAUCUUCUUUGUAUUCCUUACGAGGGUAACUGGCCUUAGCUAUGAUGUGCGUCUCAUUUUGACAGCAGUGGCUGGAAUUAUUGGAGGCCUGCUCUUGGUUGUGAGCUGGUGGAGGUUUGGCUCUGUCCUGCUCAGCAUGUUUGUUAUUGGACUUGUGUUGGGAUUUCUCUUCUCAUCGACGGUCUUCUUUACUCCCCUAGGAGACUACAGGGUCUUUCGUGACGAUGUGGUGUUCUGGGUGACCUUUACAUGUGUGGCCUUGAUGAUUCCAGUGCUUUUUGUUGGCUGCCCAAGAAUUCUGAACAUCCUGGCUUCUGGCAUAGUGGGCUCUUACACGGUGAUCCUGGCCAUUGGUUGUUACGUCUACACAAGCCUUGCUUACAUCACCUUAGACCUGCUCAGAAGAGUCCUCAACAAUUACUUCAACAGAGCUUACACCAAUGUGCCUUUUCAAAGGAAUGACUUCAUAAUCCUGUCGGUGUGGGCAAUGCUGGCCCUCAGCGGGGUCACUGUGCAGCUCCGCCGGGAGAGGAGCGAGGUGCCCUUCCCACCACAUCCCUAUCUCACCUGGAAGAGGGAAAGGGAACGUAGAAGCACCAAUGUCUUAGACCCCAGCCAUCAUAUGCCUCCCCUGAGAGAGAGGAUCCACAAUAAGCUGCUGCAUAUCAAAGAGUUCUUCCAGAAAGACCAGCCAGCCGGGGAGAGAACUCCAUUGCUUCUGUAACUUGCCAAAUAACUGAUGGGAAUGGAGAGGGAGGAUCUGGGAAUGGUGAGAUGAUUACCAGCUACCAGCCAGUGGUGCAGGAUUUACCACUGCUAAUUUGUCCUGCUGAAUAAGAGAUGGCUGCUUGCCCAGCUUGGCAGAGCAGUUACCUGUCCAGUACACUACACGCUGUUUGUGACUCCUCUGUGGUGCACUCUGCCUGAUGCAACCUGCUUGUGUCUAGCUGCAGAUUCCUGUACUCGUGGCCAAGGACAGGCAUUCAUCCUGGGGGUUCUGCUUUGCUGUUUGGGUACGUGAAACAUCAAACAGGCUUUGGAAAGCAACCUGCUGAUUGUUCCCUUGCAUGUGGAAAUGUCUGCUGAGGUGGUGCCCAAUUCACUCCCAAGGGUGGGCAGUCUGUCCAGCUGUGAGGGGAGGAAGAAGGACUGGACAUACAAGGAGUUCUUCCAGCAAGAACUGAGCAUCUCUUUCUAAUACAGGUACAAAACAUGUGGCUGCAGACACACUGGUUUCCAAGGAGUGUUACUGAACCUUGCAAGCUGAACGAGUGACUUGAAUUGAAACUGCACUGAGUUAACUGUUGUACGUGUGCACUGUGGGGCUCGGGAACAGGGACUGAUCUGAGACAAGAAGACUUUUUCCUUUGCUUUUGGGUGUUUUUGUAGCAGGCUGGUCAUCUGGUCUCUGUGCAGAGAUGGCUGCUGAGAGAACACAAGAGGUUUGUCUCCGUUUGCUUUCUGAAUAGCCUGUGUCUUGUUUCUGCUCUGGUAUAGUAUCUUUUUUGAUGGUGCUGUUAUAAAAGAAAAAAGUAAAUAAGCUCUUUGUAGCCAAUGGCAAUUUUUUCCCCCUGGAGUUGGCUGAAACACUAAUUAUUUAUUUUUAAUCAUCUUUUAAUUUUGCUUUAAGGGAUGAAAACAGCAUUCAGCUAGCAAGAUACUGACCAGGAACCUUGCUGACUGUUUUUCUUACCUAUUUGAAUUGUAUCUGCUCAAAACAGCAUGUAAUAUAAAAACAGAUGAGGGACCAAUCUCAUGUGGUGGCUUUAUGCUCUUCCUUAAAAAAAAAUCUCGAGAGCCAUUUUCAAAAUGUCGACUGGAGCAAUGUUUUUGGUUCAUCCCAAGGAGACCUGGGGGUAUUUUACUUGUUUGUCCUUUGUGCCCUGUCCUGGUCUCUGCUGGGGUCUGUCAUGCACUGAAGGAUGGCUCAAGUCUCCCAUCCUGUACCUUGACACAGGGUAUGGCGACUCUUCCUCCUUCACCCUGUGUCUGAGCCUUCAGUGAGGCCAGCCAAGUGCCCAGUCCUGCCUGUGUGAGGUGAGUGGCUGCUCAGGUGCCUGCAUGGAACCUCCAUGAGGGGAUUCCUCAGGAGUAGAAGCUUAAGCUCUCAGCCACCACUUCAGAUUUUUGGUACAAAAUCUGUAAGAAACAGCUCUUUCUGAGGAAACUGGCAAAAGAACCUUUUCUGGGAACUUCACUGAAAGUCAGAACACACUGGCAUAGACAAGCAUGCAUGAUUUUUAAAUGGCUCUUCUUUAAGGAAUGAGAGCUCAAAGACAGUGUCUGAAGUGACUGAACCCUUCUGAUGUUUAGAGACAAAUCCCAUCAUUGCUUGGAGUUGGACCAUCUGCCUCAAGAGCAAAGCAAGGCUGAAAUCCUGCAGUUGGGUCUUGUUGCCCUGUGCUGUUGUGUGGCACAUGAAGUAAACAAGGAGCUCUUCCCUGGGUCCCUGCCCGUCCUCCCCGCACUGAUCCUGAGCUUGUCUCUGCCGUGUGUAAUGGCAAGCAGCAAACACUUCUGUGGUAUAGAAAUGCUCUUAAACAUGUUUACCUUGGUGGGUUUUUAUAACUGCUGCAAUUAACAUUGUGCAAGAAACAAGUUUAACUCUAAUUUUCUAUAUCUUUUAUAAUAAAGAUGUCUUUUCAAUGAUGCUUUUAUAGUUUAGCCUCUGCCUUUGAUCUCGUAGGGAGAGUUUGCUUUGAAAAAUUCUUCUGGCCAAGGGCUGAGGCGGGGGAGCCUGGCUGGCAUUGCAGUGACACCCAGAGGCUGAGAGCGAGGCGUGUGCUCUGUGCAGACACUGAGGGAAGCGCGUGGUCCAGAGAGGCUUUUUUUGAGAGCUUCAUCAGAUGAGGCUCUGGAGAACAAAGGAAUGGUUGUCAUCCCCUUCUUGCCUGAAAACUGGUCUGCAAGACCACAUAGCAAUCUUAUAGCAGAAGUGGGCUUUGAACUGUUUUUCAGAGAUCCUUUGAUUUUCUGGAUCCUUUGAUCCAGAGAUUGUUUCCUUUUUUUAGUUCUGCCAAGAGACGGUUCAGGAAUUUUCUUCCAUAAUCCCUAAGGCACAGUGAGUAACAGUGGUGAUGAUCAGAAUACAUGAACUGAUCCACUGCAGUGUUGAAGGCUUUUUUUGUGUACCCCUUGAGGUCUAGGGUGAGAUCUGGUUAAGGUCUCUUGAAGGUCCCUUCUAGCACAAACCCUUCUGUGAUUCUGAUUCCCUUCUGUCCUUGCCUAGAGCUGUCCUUGAUCUGAAACGGCUUCCAAAAAAGAGGGAGCCCCUCCAGUGAAAUCAGUAGGCUCCAUCUCAAAAUGUGCAUUUUCACUGAGCUUUUGAGCUUUUCCUCUCUCUGCCUUCUAACCUGUCAGCAGCUGUAGGUCUGCAGUGAUCUUAGUAGUGUUUUUUUGGGGUGAGCUUUAGUGGAACUUUGGUUCCUGGUUGGUUUAUCCAGCAAGGAGUCAGCAUAAGAAACACGGAGCCUUUGGAUAUGCAACGUGAGGAUUGUGUUAGGUUACUGUGUCCUGACGCUGGGGCUGGACUGCAUUGAUAUAUUGAUAUAUCCAGAUUUAUUUGAAUUUUGCUAAUGUCCAUCUGGUUGUCGUCCCUUCCCACAUCCUGGAUUGGUAGACUCUGGUGUCUGAGUUUUCUCUGGAAACAACAGCUCCCGUAACACUUCUGUGUGUUCAACAGAUGCUUAUUGUUUAUAAUAUUUAGUUUAUUGCUCUCAGAGCCUGUCUGCUCUCGCCCCCAGCUCCAGGCAGCCAGCUGACUCCUGCUGAGCAUGAAGGGCUUUGUGCUUCCUUGCACGCUGGGAGAAGUCAACUUCAAACCAGAGCAAUAAGCGAGCUCAUUUUAGGGGUGAGAGGGAGUGGCAGGAGAAGAGGGGUGUGUAAAAUUUCCCCGCCUGCUUCAGAACUAGAUCUUCACAAGGCUGCCUCAUGAGAAAAAGCACCAGUUCCAAAUUUUCCAUCUUAUCUGGUGUAACAAUAGAUUAUCUAAUAUGCUCAAAAUGAGCUGGAUUCAAUUUUUUUUUAUCCUGAAUGCUGAGGGUGAGAGGGAAAGCCAUAUGCAAGAAGCAAACACAGAGAAUUGUAGGAGGCAGCUGCUGUUUGCUUAGCCAGGAAUGUAAUGAGUUGCAGAUGAUGAGUCAUUUCAAUAUUUGUUUAUGGUGUUCCUGAACGUAGUAUUAGAAAAAGGAAGACGCUGAUCACCCUGCAUCCGUUGGUGUGCUGUGUUGCUCGAGCUUCCCAGAACUGACUUCUCGAGAACAGCUCUGCUGCUGCUCACUGCUGGAAGAGCCAGCCUCAAGUGGACGGAUUGGAGGAUUUUUGGUGCUGAGAACACUGCAGGGAAAUCACUGUCUGCCAUUCUUUAAAAAAGUAAUCCUUCACCUUGGGAAAUGUAAAGAGAGUGCAGCUGGAAUUGGUGGUUUCCCCUGUGCCUGUUUUCUGGCUGGUGCUUGAGGAGUGCUGCCAGCACGUGCUGCUUCCAAGACUGCAAUGAAGCGUUUCCCUCCUCGCUGGGCAGUUGGUUAAGGCAGAUGUCAGGUGAGUUUUUUUCUGAACGUGGCAAAUAAAGACAUUCCCUGAUACAAGGGCCACACUGGCUUGCUGUGUCUGGGGACAGGAAGGUGGUUGCAGGCACCAGGAACUCAGUCCUUCCUCCUAUGCAGUUCCUGUCCAGCCCAACCUGCGCUAAAUGGUCUGUAAACUAAGGAUUGGCUUGGUGCAGUUUUGCCCACAGCAUCCACUAAAACCUGCAUUUAGCUGACUUCUGCUGUCUUACCAGCUUGGCUGAAUAACAGAUGUCUGCAGUUGAUUUAUCACAGAAGAACUGAUAAAAAUUACAAAACACUUGUCCAGAGAAGCUGUGGCUGCCCCAGGCAGUGUCCAAGGCCAGGCUUGACAGGGCUUGGAGCAACCUGGGAUAGUGGAAGGUGUCCCUGCCCAGGACAGGAGGUGGCACGGGAUGAGCUUUAAGGUCUCACCUUCCCUCUGCCCUCCUGCUGGGAGCAGCACAGUGCUCUCCUCUGGUGGUGUGACCGCCCACCGUGCCCUGGACACUCAGGCUCCAGGCUCUCCAAAAAGAACAAGUUCAAGUUUUACACUCCACCAGCAGACUUGGAAAUUCCUCUUUCAACCAGAAGAAGUGCUUAAGGAAAUUCCCUAAGCCAAUAAAAGUUUCAUUUGGGCAUUUACACACAGGGAUCCCAGUACAUGCAGUUCUGCAUGAAAAGAGUGCCAUUAGUUCUGUCUUUUAUCAAUCUUCUAAUCCCAUGUGCUUUAAAAAGUCAAGGCUGUUCAAUGAUCUUAGUUGUACAAACCAGCCCAAUUUAGUUUCAGUUUGCCCUCAGCUGAACAGCUGCCACAAACAACAAUUUUGGUUACUUUCUUUUUUAUCUUGUGUUACCAACAAGGCUCAUCUCAGAGCCAGUACCUUGCUUUAGUCAUGGAGCCAUCCAUGUUUUCAGUCAACUUUAUUGAUAAAAUAAGUUUACUGUACAGUACACAAUUCUAGCCAUAAAUCCUUUUCAAGCCAUUUGCAUUACAAAAAUAACAGGUAUGCAAUGAAAAAUAGUCACUCCACACACUGUGAAGGCUCUUUAAAAUCCUAAAGUGAUCAGGGCAGGGGAAUGAAAGGGGAGACGUAUCAAAUGUGAAGACUAGGAAUAGAUAAAUUAAGUCACAUUUUUUCUUUAAUUUACAAAAAUAAUCACUAAUCAAGCAUUAUUUCAUAAUAGAGCAACCUCAAAGUACUGCCACAGACCAAGAACCCUCUUCUGUAUUUGGAAGCCAAACCAGAAGUCAGCCGUGAAGCUGAAUUCAGCAUCAAAUGGAUAGAAAUGCUUCUUGACAUCAGUGCAUGGGUGAAAAGAUGCUUCUAGAAACAAGAACAACUGAACCCAAAAUUCCUUGUAAGUUUGCAACAACAGAACACUCCAGUGAAAAAAGAUGUUGCUUCUGGUAAGUCAGCAGCUUGCAAGCCAUGGCAGAAAUGCAAAAUCUAAAUGAGAGAAGCACUGGCGAGGCUUUACAGUUAAUAUAAAAGCAGACAAAAAUAUUCUGUGCUUGAGCUAAAAUGUUCCCCAGAAUUUCCCCUCGGCUGCUUCACAAGUCUGGAAAUGGCCAUAACUUUUUUCCAUGUGUGUGAAUGUCCUCAGUGUGCACCUAAGCCCAGCAAGAAGCCAAGGUGCUCUGCAGAGAAGCCGCAGCUUCUCCAGUCUAAAGCAGGCUGUGAGAGUGGAGACCUGAUUUACCUGUCCUUUCAGCAUGUGUUCGUGGAAAACAAGCAUUUACUGCCUGCUAAUGCUCUUUUCACACUUAUUUCCUCUUAAAAGCACUACGGGAAGGAGCAGCAACAGAGAGAACAGAACAAAUGUGCUGAGCUGCUGCUAUGUCAGUUCAGUGCCACUGAAAGUCCCCCUUUAGGCCUCUGGAACAUUUACCUAGAGCUCAGGGAAGCUGUGCUGGGCCACAGGAAGCUGUACUGAAGCUGGCAUGCUUGGAACUGUUGGAUGCUUAGUUCCUUCUGUGUUGUUGUCACUGAAAAUCAAACUUGACUAAAUGAUGGUUGAUUUCAGGAUUGCUCAGCUCAUGUUGCUUGGUGGGUUAUUGAGCAGCCAGAAUGUUAAACUGUGGGUGGCAGCUGUAGUUCCACAGUUUUCUGUAGCUGACAGCUUUCACUCUGCUGAACUCACUUUAAAACUUUCCUGAUA